AUGGCAAGCCCAGCUGGCUUCGAAGAUGGACAAAAGGACUCAGCCAAGAAGAUUCUCUUCCGGUUCUGCUCCGAAUGCUCCAACCUACUUUUUCCUCGUGAAGACAAAGUAAAUAAUAAGCUUCUCUUCGCCUGCCGAACCUGCGCCUUCACCGAAGAGGCCCCCUCGUCAUGUGUCAUGCGCCACGAGAUCGCCUCCUCUGUCGGAGACACGGCCGGUAUCACCCAGGAUGUCGCACAAGAUCCCACGGUGGGUAUCUCCCAAACCCUUUCCAACACUACGCUCUCCGAGUCGUUCCCCGGCCUGUGCACCAUGUGCGGACAGGACAUUGUCUGCAUCGAGUGCGGAGAGGACUCGGCGCCUGGUCUCUGCUUUGAGGCCGACGAUGAGGAUCCCCUCACAGGCGUCGGCGAGCCAAGUUCAAAGAACUGA